CCGCAAAUCCCACAGAAACUCAAAACAAUAUGAGUCAAGGACAGCCAAGGAGACCCGAAGGUCAAAACCAAGCCCAAGCCAACCAGCAAGAACCCGUCAAGUACGGCGACGUCUUCAACGUUUCCGGUGAACUCGCUGUGAAGCCCAUUGCACCACAAGAUGCCGCCAUGAUGCAGACUGCGGAGUCCAUGGUGUUUGGACAGACACACAAGGGCGGAACGGCAGCCAUCAUGCAGUCUGCUGCCACCCAGAACGAGCGCGCCGGUAUUGUCGGUCACACUGACAUGGCCGACGUUGUCGGAAACCAAGGCGUCACUGUCACCGAGACUGAUGUUCCAGGCGCCCGCAUAAUCACUGAGUCAGUAGCCGGACAGGUUGUUGGACAAUAUGCGCAGCCAAGGCCGGUGAACGCGACUCAGACGGGGGCAAUCCGGCAAGCCGCAAUAACAAUUGGAGAAGCCCUGGAAGCAACGGCACAAACAGCAGGUGAGAAGCCUGUUGAUCAGAGUGAUGCCGCUGCAAUUCAAGCGGCAGAGGUUAGAGCAACAGGCAGCAAUGUCAUAACCCCAGGUGGACUUGCAGCUACAGCUCAGUCUGCUGCGGCUCACAAUGCCUCCAUGACCAGUAACGACCAGAAGAUCAAGCUCAACCACAUCUUGUCGGGGACGACGGGGAAGUUGCCAGCGGAUAAGGCUGUGACGAGGCAGGAUGCUGAAGGGGUAGUGAGUGCGGAGCUGAGGAACAACCCGAACGUGGCCACCCAUCCGGGAGGAGUGGCGGCGUCGAUGGCUGCUGCCGCCAGGCUUAAUGAGGGUGCAAACGCUUGAUGAUUGGUGUGAUGAUAACUAUAUAUGGUGUGUGUGUGUGUGUGUGUUUUUGAAAAAUGUAGUAAUAUUAAUAUAUGAAGCUAUCUUUG